GUACUGUUAUAACCCUUAUUACAAGGCAGUAAGGUCUAAAUCAACUUACACUAUCAAACAACGUAUUUUUCCACGAAUAACAUUGCAUCUUUAUGCUGAGCAUUCAUUUUUACAGAAUACAGUAGAAUUAUAUUUUUCCAUUAUUCAGUUAGAUUCUGGACGCUCUCACGUCACUGUCGCGUAACACAUACUUACUAUUAAUCUCUGAACUAUUAAAAGGGACAUUGUUGGAAAUCAUACCUAAAAACUUUUGUGUGUGUGGUUUAUUAAAGUGGUUCUACAGAAAAUUGUCUUUUGUUUCUUUUAAAAAAAGGACAGACGGGGUCGGCCUGGUAACAAAUUGGUGUCAGAAGUGGGAUUGCCAGCUACGAAGUCUUACGACGCUAAGUCGAACAGACACUGGCAUCCUAAACCUACAGCCUCCCCGUUAGAUUGAUCGACAGUAAGUCUUGACCCGACGUCAAGCCUGCGUCACUGUUUGGACGACGGUCAGCCUCAGUUCUUCAGCCUGAGCCCGCUCCAGCCACAUCGACACUUGGACGACAGACAGCCUCCACUGUGUAGUGAGAGACUGCUCCAGCCUGCACCGAAGACAAGCAGCUCCAGGUCUAACUCAGCAACCAUCAACCUCGAGAAAUUCUACAGUCAAUCAACCGAGUGACUGCCAAACCUUAUUACGUCAAAGCACCGCGUGACUCCAGACUCCGGGUUCCUACUACGCAGCUGAUCAUGCAGGUGCCAACGGCAGUUAUCGUGUUACUAAUAAUAUGCUGCCACGGCAUUUCAUGCCUCGGCCGCACCGAAUCAAGCAUCGUCCCGAUCUAUCAUAGCCCCGGGAUUUACUUUGAACCUACAACCAAUAUUAACUUCUAUACUGAUCAUUGGAAAGUGAUCACGCAUGUAGAUUUAGUUUCAUUAGAACCUUAUCUUAACAAAAUCGAAUUUCUGUUACAAGAUACUCUGAAAUUGUGCGACAAAAUUGUACCAAAGGAGGAAAGCACAUGUAAGGAUAUGUCUAUCCCUAUUGAAGUUUUAAUACAGUCCAAUUCUAUUAAAUUGCAAUCAUUAUCCCACAUUAUUUCAAAUCAAUCAACAAAUAAAGUUAAGCGAUCUUUAGAAUUUGGAGGCGAAAUCUUAAAGUUCUUUUUCGGCACAUUAGAUGCCGAUGACGCCCGAAAAUAUGACGCUGCAAUAGAGUCAAGCAAAAAGAGUGAAACAGAACUAUUUCAUUUAAUGAGGGAUAAUAUUCACAUUGUCAAGUCCACUAUAAAUAAUUUUAACACUACUAUUUACAAACUUAAUCAAAACGAGAUGAAAUUAAAUGCCCAAAUUAAUAAGAUGAAUGAAAUAUUUUCGCAAAUUACGAAGACGGAUAACUUAUUACUAUACACUUCAAAGUUAAACAACCUUCUUAAUAUUAUCGAAGGUUCUUUACUUUCCAUCUCCAAUUUACUAGAUACUACUCUUAACUCUAUUUUAUUUUCUAAGGUUAAUAUACUACACCCUAGUGUUAUAAGUCCUUUAAAUCUUUAUUUAGAAUUAACUAAGCAUAGUAGUCAAAUAAGCAAAAGGUUAGAUUUCCCAGUUCCCUUAGCGAUUCAAAAUAUUCAUUCUAUAAUUGAUGUUUCGGAAUUUAGUUCUUAUUACUAUAAUAACAAGGUUAUUUUUAUAUUACAAAUCCCUUUAAUAACUCCUGAUAAGUUCAUGGCCUAUAAAAAUAUACCAUUACCUACACCUCAUGACGACUCACAUAAUACUUUUGCUUUGAUUCAACCUUCUUAUUCUUAUAUUGCAUUAAGCGAUGACAGAAUGCAUUAUGCUAUGUUGGACACUCUUGAUAAAUGUAAAAUAAUAAAUAGCAAUCUUUCUAUUUGUGAAUUGAAUAAUAUAUACUCAUGUAUAAGUAACCCUAAUUGUGAAUCUAGAAUCUUAACUGAAAUAACAUUGUCAUUACCUACAGAAUGUAAUGCUAAAUUAUUGUAUGGUCAGAUUGAUAUUUGGCAAAAAUUAAAAAAUAACAAAUGGAUAUAUGUUCAAUCAAAAACAAAUAAAUUGACAAUUAAAUGUGAUGAAAACAUUGAUGAUCACUCAAUUACCGGUACAGGAAUUGUAAAACUAUCACCUAAUUGUAUCGGGUAUUCGAAAACUGUGCAAUUAAUACCUACUAGUUCUUACUCUUUAUUUACUAAGUCUCCUUUAGAUAUAAGAUUUGAUAUUACAGCAGAUGACUGUUGUAAGAAAGACAUAUUUAAUAAAAGUUUACCGCACUUGUCGCCGAUCUCUUUGAGUAAAAUCAACUUAGAUUCUCUAAAAUAUGCAACGCAUCAGAUGGACAGCUUAGAGCAAGAAUUAAAUAACUUGGAAAAGGAAUCUCAUUUUAUUAAAUAUGGUCCUUACUACUCUACUUUUACUUAUAUUUUAGUUAUAUGUUUAUUUUUAUACCUAGCUUAUAAAUUAUACAAAUAUUUUAAGAAUAAACAUUGUUCCAGUGCUGGAUGCUGUGUGCAAAUUUUUAAUCAAUGCUAUAAUCAUAAAUCUAAACGUAAAUCUAAUAUUUCAAAGAAUGUUGAGAUGACGGAAGUACCUUCAACCUCUGAAGAAGACAAUAAGUCUGUUCAGUCUUUGCCUGUUCAAUACCCAAAUUAUAGAUCUACUUGUAAAGUGAAUAAAGUUAAAUUUCCGUCAGAUAGAAACCUUAAUUUUUAAUAUAAUCUUAACUAUUAUUUUACUAUUUGUUAACUUUCAUUUAGAAUUAUUACUUGUUUAUAAUUAAGUGUAAAAUGUCUCUUUUAAUGGUCACAUCUUCGAUAUUAUGAACUUCGCUUCAUCUUGAUGAGAUAAAGCUUCGUUUAAGAGGGGGAGCUGUUAUAACCCUUAUUACAAGGCAGUAAGGUCUAAAUCAACUUACACUAUCAAACAACGUAUUUUUCCACGAAUAACAUUGCAUCUUUAUGCUGAGCAUUCAUUUUUACAGAAUACAGUAGAAUUAUAUUUUUCCAUUAUUCAGUUAGAUUCUGGACGCUCUCACGUCACUGUCGCGUAACACAUACUUACUAUUAAUCUCUGAACUAUUAAAAGGGACAUUGUUGGAAAUCAUACCUAAAAACUUUUGUGUGUGUGGUUUAUUAAAGUGGUUCUACAGAAAA